ACCCAUCUUAGCCAGAUCAAUAGAAACUCUAAUCUAAAUCUUGGGACCUUUCUUUUAGCUGAAAAACUUACCUAUUUAUUCAUCAAAAAUGAAUGAUCUUUUCUCAGGCUCUUUCUCUCGUUUCAGAAGUGAAGAUCAAUCCCCAAAUCAAGAUUCUCACGGUAUACAGAUGAGACAAACUGGUGGUAUCCAUCUUGACAAGUUUUUUGAAGAUGUAGAAGCUAUAAAAGACGAGCUAAAAGAACUUGAAAAGCUUCACUCCCAACUCCACAACUCACACGAACAGAGCAAGACUCUGCACAAUGCAAAAACUGUCAAAGAUCUUAGAACAAAGAUGGAUAAUGAUGUUUCAAUAGCUUUGAAAAAAGCCAAAUUUAUUAAAGUCCGUUUAGAAGCUUUAGACAGAUCUAACGCUGCUAAUAGAAGUAUAGAUGGUUGUGGCCCUGGUAGUUCUUCUGAUAGAACAAGAACUUCUGUUGUGAAUGGGUUGAGGAAAAAACUUCAAGAAUCUAUGAAUCAGUUCAAUGAACUCCGGCAAAGAAUGGCUUCUGAGUAUAGAGAAACUGUUCAAAGAAGGUACUACACGGUAACCGGAGAAAACCCAGAUGAAGGUACACUAGAUAAUCUGAUAUCCACUGGGCAAAGUGAAACAUUUUUGCAGAAAGCAAUACAGGAACAAGGAAGAGGACAAGUAAUGGACACAGUUAUGGAAAUUCAAGAAAGGCAUGAAGCUGUGAAGGAAUUGGAAAGAAAUCUGAAAGAACUGCACCAAGUUUUCUUGGACAUGGCAGUUUUAGUGGAAAGUCAAGGAGCUCAGUUAGAUGACAUUGAAAGUCAAGUCAACAGAGCCAAUUCCUUUGUAAGAGGUGGUGCUCAGCAGCUUGAGGUAGCAAGAAAGCACCAGAAAAAUACAAGAAAAUGGACUUGUAUUGCCAUUGUUAUUUUGCUGAUUAUUAUCUUGGUGGUGGUUCUUUCCAUUCAACCAUGGAAGAAAUCAGGGGGGGAGACACAGCCGCAGCCACAACCACAACCACAGCCACAGCAACAGCCACCGCCACAGCCAACACGAUAGUUAUGAGUUCGGCAAAAUCCAGUAGCCUCAAACCAUAUAUUUGCACUAAAAUAUCACUUAGUACGUGUAAGUAAUCUAUUCAGAAACUCAGUAAGCAAAAAGGAUUGUGGUCCAGAACUCAUAAACUAAAAACCCUACCUCCAUCUUGGGAAAGAAUGACAUACUACGAGAAGCAGUCAAAUGAUUUUAUAGGUCACAUGUUCGAACAAUGGAGUCAGUCACUGAUGCUUAUUUCAAUGUAGACUACCUUGCGACCCUUGCAUGACGACUUCAUGCAUAAUAUUUUGAGCACCACACUGCCAUUUUUUGCGUUUUUUUAAAAAUGUUUGGAGUUCUUUUUGUAAUUAUUGAUAUAAGUAGAAACGGAGCUGAGGGGUACUGUUUAAUUUUUUACCAUGCGUUUUGUCUUAAUUGCUUGGUUAUAUCUAAUCUCUUCUUGGUGAUU